AUGGAGAGCCGUGAUGGUCUUGUCUCAUCUGUGCGUGCUUGCACCCGUUGUAUUGAGUUUGUAAACAAUGGUGAUCAUUCUCAAGUAGAUCAGAAAAAACGUGGACGGAUUGAGAUCGUUCCGGAUGCAACAUUUCCAUCGGCUGAUCCACCUGGAAAGGCUUUGACUAGUUUCUUAUACGAGGCCUUACAAACUUCAUCAGGCAAGAAACGCGCGUCCGUUAUGUCGGUGAUUCGACACUUGAUCAAUCAGGAGAAACUGGAAGCCGAUUCUCGAUCUGAGACAUCUAUGUCAUCAUCAGCGAUACGUCUCACAGAUGAUGUAAAGGAGUAUACAGACGCAUUAGACAAAGGAGUUUUACAUGUCGAAACUCUUCCAGUUGAGAAGUGCGUGCUUGCUAAUUCAAAUGGGCGAAAUUACCCCCUCAACACGGCACCGGAACCGACAGUUUUGAGUAAAUCCCCGAUACCAAGCAACGAGCAGGAGCGUAUUGCUGCGAUUGAAAAGGGGGAGGUGCUUUCCAAGCGCUAA